AUGAACAUUGUUUUCGACCGUUAUGAGCAUGAAUCGGAGUUUGUCCAAGAAGCCUCCUCUCUGGUAAAGCAACUGAUUUCGCAACGCAUUGCUCGAAGAGAGCCUGACGGAUCUGUAACAGCGGCGUCAAGUGAAGCCGGCAAACGCGUCACCCUAUUGAAGAGUGACGGGGGCACGCUCUAUCUCACUCGGUAA